GUGAGAUUUUGUUUGUCGGGGACCGGCGACACACCUGUGAGGGGCACAGAACGAAGAGGUGCCUUGCAAGAGGCUCACAAAUGUGAGGACUGUCCUGGCCUGAGGACACUGACUGCCCAUUCCCGGCAGGCACCAAGACCCCUACUUGGCAGCGUCUAACCCACUCCUCACGUAACCAGGCCACCAACGGCUGAGAAGACCUAACUGAGAGGACAGAUGGCUUCAGCUGGCCUAGAACUCCUAGGCAUGACCCUGGCUGUGCUGGGCUGGCUGGGGACCCUGGUGUCCUGCGCCCUGCCCCUGUGGAAGGUGACCGCCUUCAUCGGCAACAGCAUUGUGGUGGCCCAGGUGAUGUGGGAGGGGCUGUGGAUGUCCUGCGUGGUGCAGAGCACAGGCCAGUUGCAGUGUAAGGUGUACGACUCAAUGCUGGCACUGCCCCAGGACCUGCAGGCUGCCCGAGCCCUCUGUGUCAUCGCCCUCCUCCUGGCCCUGCUCGGCCUGCUGGUGGCCAUUACGGGAGCCCAGUGCACCACCUGCGUGGAGGACGAAGGUGCAAAAGCCCGCAUUGUGCUCACGGCGGGCGUCAUCCUCCUUCUCUCAGGCAUCCUGGUUCUCAUCCCCAUCUGCUGGACGGCCCACGCCAUCAUCCAGGACUUCUACAACCCCCUGGUGGCUGAAGCCCUCAAGCGGGAGCUGGGGGCCUCCCUCUAUCUGGGCUGGGCAGCAUCUGCCCUGCUCAUGCUGGGCGGGGGCCUCCUCUGCUGCACAUGCCCCCCGCCCCAGAUCGACCGGCCACGAGGACCCAGGCUGGGCUACUCCAUCCCCUCCCGCUCGGGCACCUCUGGGAUGGACAAGAGGGACUAUGUAUGAGGUGGAGAGUGUCUCCGGAGGCUGCUCAGAGCCUUGACUUUUUGCUGAAUGCCCU